ACAUCCAAUAAAUUUCCUCCCGUCUUCAACGCUUCAAUCAUUGUGCAAAUUUCUCUCUUCAAAUCUCAGCAGAACCAUGGCGAUUCAAGUGGCGGCGCCAUCAUCAUCCCUUGGCUUCACCAGCAGCAAAACCAAGUAUAGAUAUGAUGUUUUCCUCAGUUUCAGGGGUGAAGAUACUCGACUCACCUUCACUGUUCGUCUCCACGAUGCUCUGUGCCGGAAGGGAAUCAACGCCUUCAUCGACGACAAGAAGCUCGCGAAAGGGGAAGAGAUCUCACCUACGCUUCUCAAAGCCAUAGAGAAAUCCAGGAUUUCCAUUAUUGUGUUCUCCACCAACUAUGCUACUUCAACGUGGUGCCUCGAGGAACUUGCCCGCAUCGUUUGGUGUAGGAAGCAGAAGAACCAGGUGGUGAUGCCCAUCUUCUACAAGGUGGAUCCCUUGGAUGUUCAGAAGCAAAGAAAUAGCUUUGGAGAAGCCAUGGCUGAUCAUAAAGCUGGUAGGUUCAAGAAUGAACAGGAGAAAGUGCAAAAAUGGAGGGCCGCUUUGCAUGAAGCUGCUAGUUUGUCACCAGCAUGGCUUUUCGAAGAUGGAUGUGAAUCUGGCUUUAUUGAAAGGAUUGUCGAACAUGCAUAUUCUAUGAUACCUCCUAAACGCUUCCAGAACAUUGAUCAUAUGGUUGGACUUGAAACUCGCAUAGAGGAAGUGAUGUCACUUAUGGAUAAAUCUGAUGACCGAGUUUGUAUGUUGGGCAUUUAUGGAACUGGUGGAAUAGGAAAAACAACACUUGCAAAAGCUUUGUAUAAAUUAAUCUUCUACCAAUUUGACGGUGCAUGUUUUUUGUUUGAUGUUCGAGAAGAAUCAAAUAAAUAUCAAAGUAUUAUUCGUCUUCAACAGACACUUCUAUCAGAGAUUCUUGGGGAACAGAAAAUGCAGCUUAAUAGUGUUGAUGAAGGAAUCUCAUACAUAAAACACAGACUCUCUAGCAAGAAGGUUUUGUUGGUUCUGGAUGAUGUUGAUGAGUUUAAACAGUUAGAACAACUUGCAGGGGGGCGUGAUUGGUUUGGUUGUGGAAGCAAGAUUAUUAUAACAACAAGAAAUAAGGAAUUGCUCAUUGCACGUAAUGUUGAGAAAACAUAUGAAGUGAAGGAGCUAAGUCGACUUUGCUCUCUUGAACUCUUCUGUUGGCAUGCCUUUCGUAUGAGCCAACCUCCAAAUGGCUAUGAAAAUAUGUCCAAUCAUGUUAUUAGAUAUGUACAUGGCCUUCCUCUAGCUUUAAAAUUAGUAGGCUCCAAUUUGGCACAUAAGGACUUUGAAGAAUGGAGAUCUACGUUGGAACAGUACAAGAGAAUCCCUGAAAGAACAAUCCAUGAGGUACUUAAGAUAAGCUAUGAUUGCUUACCAGAUGGUGCUAAGCGUGUUUUUCUAGAUAUUGCUUGUUUCUUUAAGAAGAAGGCAUUAGAAUUCAUUGAAGACAUACUAGAAGCUUGUGAUGAUGGGGCAAGGUUUUAUAUUGAAGUCCUUGUUGAUAAAUCUCUGAUCACUAUUGAUGAAAAUAGCAGUCGCUUGUACAUGCAUGAUCUCAUACAACAAAUGGGCAAGGAGAUUGUUAGGCAAGAAGGGCCAUCAAAUCUUGGUCAACGCAGUAGUAGAUUAUGGUAUUACAGAGAUGUUCUUGAAGUGCUACAAGAAAAUUCAGGAAGCAGUAAUAUUGAAGGAAUAAUACUUGAUCCACCUCAUCAAGAAAAAGUGGAGUGGGGUGGUAUAGCAUUUGAGAAGAUGAAUAAUCUCAAGAUUCUCAUCAUUCGAAAUGCCCAAUUUUCAACAAGUUCUAAAUAUUUUCCAAAUACUUUAAGAUUACUUGACUGGAAAGGAUAUCCUUCUAUGACUUUACCGCCAAAUUUUUCUCCUUCGAAGCUAAUUUGCUUGAAGUUAAAUGGAAGUCAGUUCACAUUGGAAGAGCCAUUCAAGAAGUCUGAAUUCAUGACACAUGUGACAUAUUUGGAUUUCUCAAAGUGUCAAUUCAUUACCGAAGUACCAGAUAUGUCUCAGUUGCAAAAUUUAAAAACAAUGAUCGUUAAUAAAUGUCUGAAUCUGACCAAAGUUCACGAUUCAGUGGGAUCCCUCAGCAAGCUUGAAAGAUUAGAUGUUAGUGAAUCAGAACCAUGGCGAUUCAAGUGGCGGCGCCAUCAUCAUCCCUUGGCUUCACCAGCAGCAAAACCAAGUAUAGAUAUGAUGUUUUCCUCAGUUUCAGGGUGUGAAGAUACUCGACUCUCACCUUCACUGUUCGUCUCCCACGAUGCUCUGUGCCGGAAGGGAAUCAACGCCUUCAUCGACGACAAGAAGCUCGCGAAAGGGGAAGAGAUCUCACCUACGCUUCUCAAAGCCAUAGAGAAAUCCAGGAUUUCCAUUAUUGUGUUCUCCACCAACUAUGCUACUUCAACGUGGUGCCUCGAGGAACUUGCCCGCAUCGUUUGGUGUAGGAAGCAGAAGAACCAGAAGCAAAGAAAUAGCUUUGGAGAAGCCAUGGCUGAUCAUAAAGCUGGUAGGUUCAAGAAUGAACAGGAGAAAGUGCAAAAAUGGAGGGCCGCUUUGCAUGAAGCUGCUAGUUUGUCACAGCAUGCAUGGGCUUUCGAAGAUGGGAUUGUCGAACAUGCAUAUUCUAUGAUACCUCCUAAACGCUUCCAGAACAUUGAUCAUAUGGUUGGACUUGAAACUCGCAUAGAGGAAGUGAUGUCACUUAUGGAUAAAUCUGAUGACCGAACACUUCUAUCAGAGAUUCUUGGGGAACAGAAAAUGCAGCUUAAUAGUGUUGAUGAAGGAAUCUCAUACAUAAAACACAGACUCUCUAGCAAGAAGGUUUUGUUGGUUCUGGAUGAUGUUGAUGAGUUUAAACAGUUAGAACAACUUGCAGGGGGGCGUGAUUGGUUUGGUUGUGGAAGCAAGAUUAUUAUAACAACAAGAAAUAAGGAAUUGCUCAUUGCACGUAAUGUUGAGAAAACAUAUGAAGUGAAGGAGCUAAGUCGACUUUGCUCUCUUGAACUCUUCUGUUGGCAUGCCUUUCGUAUGAGCCAACCUCCAAAUGGCUAUGAAAAUAUGUCCAAUCAUGUUAUUAGAUAUGUACAUGGCCUUCCUCUAGCUUUAAAAUUAGUAGGCUCCAAUUGGGCACAUAAGGACUUUGAAGAAUGGAGAUCUACGUUGGAACAGUACAAGAGAAUCCCUGAAAGAACAAUCCAUGAGGUACUUAAGAUAAGCUAUGAUUGCUUACCAGAUGGUGCUAAGCGUGUUUUUCUAGAUAUUGCUUGUUUCUUUAAGAAGAAGGCAUUAGAAUUCAUUGAAGACAUACUAGAAGCUUGUGAUGAUGGGGCAAGGUUUUAUAUUGAAGUCCUUGUUGAUAAAUCUCUGAUCACUAUUGAUGAAAAUAGCAGUCGCUUGUACAUGCAUGAUCUCAUACAACAAAUGGGCAAGGAGAUUGUUAGGCAAGAAGGGCCAUCAAAUCUUGGUCAACGCAGUAGAUUAUGGUAUUACAGAGGAAGCAGUAAUAUUGAAGGAAUAAUACUUGAUCCACCUCAUCAAGAAAAAGUGGAGUGGGGUGGUAUAGCAUUUGAGAAGAUGAAUAAUCUCAAGAUUCUCAUCAUUCGAAAUGCCCAAUUUUCAACAAAAACAAUGAUCGUUAAUAAAUGUCUGAAUCUGACCAAAGUUCACGAUUCAGUGGGAUCCCUCAGCAAGCUUGAAAGAUUAGAUGUUAGUGAAUGCCCUAUACUUACAAGCUUUCCACAUGAAAUCAACAUGGCAUCUCUUCAAGAGCUUAACCUCGAAUUUUGCAAGAGUCUUGACUACUUCCCACAUAUAGUGGGAAAGAUGGAACAUCUCUUUAUAGUUUCUGCAGUUAUGACCGCUAUUAAAGAGCUCCCACCUUCCAUUGGAAAUCUUCCACCGCUAUGUAGUUUAGAUUUAAGCUCCUGCACAAGUCUUAGGGAGCUUCCAAAUAGCCUAUUGACGUUGCCAAAUCUUGAGGAUCUUGGGUUGGAAGGCAUUCACUCUCUUGGUAGAGAAUCUUUGAAGACAAUGAUGCAACAGAGUCAAUCAAUUAUUUGCUGUGAAAAUAUAGAAACCUUGAAUCUCAGAAAUUUCGGUCUAUUGGAUGAAGAUCUUCACCUGACUUUGAAAUGUUUUCAGAAUGUGGAAGACCUGGAUCUAUCAGGGAAUGAUUUUGUGUCACUUCCUGAGUGCAUUAAAGAGUGUGCGUAUUUGGAGAGACUAUCUCUGACUAACUGCAAGAGGCUAAGAGACAUAGUGGAGCUGCCAUCAUCGCUGCAACACAUAGCUGCGGAGAACUGCAUGUCAUUAACUAUGGAAUCGAUAGGCCGUUUAUGGUCUCAGGCGAAAGAGGGCUUUGCCAUGGAAAUCGUUAUGCCGGCAACAACAUUUCCUGAUUGGUUAGACUAUUGUUGUAAAGGAGCAAAAUUGUCUUUUCGUGUUCGUGGAAAUAUGCCUCGUAUCGUCUUCGCAUACCAGACGGGGAAAGCAAACACAAAGUGGGUUUACAUGGUGGAAGUUUUUAUGAGCAUCAACGGUUGUAAUAAAAUGCCAUGGAUACAAACUGAUCGUGUUGCAAGGAAAAGGGGUCGUGUUUUGUAUAAAGUAGGUGAUCAAGGUCAUGUAUAUUUCUUUGAUCUGCUUAGUGACUUUAGUGAAGAGUUAGAGGAGCUUAAUAAGUUUCUGGGAUUGGAUUGGAAUGACGUGGACAUACAAGUUACAUGUGACCCACCUGAUCUCUCCAUAGUGAACUGUGGUAUUUAUGUGGAUAAGCGACAAACGAACAUGGAGAAUAUCCAGUUCAAGUCUCCUCUGCUCUCCAUGAAUGCUUCAACAACUUCAUUGAAACGAAAAGCUAUAGCUUCUCAUCCAAACGAGCCACCCAGGAAGCACCUGAGAAGGUUCAAAGAGAAGACCAAUUACACAAAUAAAACGACAAGGAAAUCUAAACGUCACCAGAUUUUUCAUUCGCAGUACAAGAGAAAGAUGUUUUUUCCAAUGGCUAAGCAUCUUUGGAGAGCUUUGUACUCUUAGGUAUCAAAUAUUACCUUUAGUUAAUAAAAAGGAUAUAUGCAUGAUUGUUAAUUCCAAUGUGACGAUUAAUUCCCUUUUUUAACGUAUUAUCAGAAUAAAUUGGAUAUAUAUAUAUAUAUAUAUAUUUACGAUGUAAAUAUUAUGUA